AUGGCACUCUCCACCAAACAUAUCAAAAUUCUCGUAGCCGAUAUCUUCGGAACUCCUCUCAAAGACGCUCUCCUCCCUCACCUUCGUGCCCUCAACAUCGAGUUCGAAGAUCUUGGACUCUUCUCUUCUUACGAUAUUGCUGGUGCCGAGGUCGGACGCCUUGUCUCUUUGUCCGCCUCAUAUACUUCUCCACAGAUUAUAGGCCUAGUUGCUUGUGGCACAAGUGUUGGCGUCUCCAUUUUUGCGAACAAAUUAACGAACGUGUAUGCUGCUACUUGUCUUCAUCCUUGGGAAGUUGUUAAUGCUCGAUCCAUCAACAAUGCAAACUUUCUUGCUCUUUCUGGCAUUUUCACAUCACCUAAGACACGUGUUGAGAUAAUCCAUGCAUGGCUGAACGCCGAGUUCAAGGCUCCUUGUCUUGCUAGUGGACACAAACCAUGUCAAAAGAGGUGGAAGAAGCUUCUGGAUAGAUCAUUGAUUGACAUGCCAAAGAUUGGAAAGGGAGGAGCUUGUUUAGCCAAAAAAAUUGUUUGA